AUGCCUUACUUUCUGGAGUUUGCUUCCCUUGGCUUCAUCAUCACCUUAUCAGUGUGGGUCUCUAGCUCUCAGUUCUUUGGAGAGGCAAGUGAAUUAGGCCUUAGUGACCAUCAUCAAAAUGCUAUUGUCAGUUUCUUACGUUUUGCAAGAUACCAAAGAAACCAAAAGCUGCGAGUCAUUGAAUGCUGUUUUGAAGAUUUAAAAAGUUCCAGGUUGCUAGAAGUUACCUAUACAAAUGAUGAAGUUCGGGAACUUCUUGAUGACCUUUCUACCAUUGUUAAAGGAGAAGUGGAAACAGAAUUGAUAAAUUCUGCUCAUAUGAAUGUACUCUUGUUGAGGCAGCUCUGCUCCCAAGCUGAAAAGUGGCACCUUAGUCUGGAAGCGGAUGUUUCUGAACUGGAAAAUAGAGAACUUUUAGAAAAAAUUCGAAACUUUGAAGACCAGGAACUUACCAUUGGACCUUCCAACAAGAAAGAUCAAUUUUCUCCAAAAAAAUCAAAUAAGCUUGAGCCUUUAAGUGAGGUACAAGGCCCAGCAAAACUUCUUCAAACUGAAAUUGACCGUUUGAGAGGAGAAAAUGAGAAAUUGCAUUUGCGUAUCAAAAGUCUUGAAUCUAAGGCCUUUGGUAUACUAGAGGAAAAGUCUAAACUACAGGAAAACCUAUUGGAAACUCAAUCACAAUUGAAAGAAACAAGAAAAGAAAAGGUGGAUGAAGGUAACCAAGACUUGAAAGCCUUAGAAGAACAAGUGUCAAAAGUUAAAAUGGAAAUGCAACAAAGCUUAAAACAAAAAGACGAAAAUCAACAGGCUUUGGAGAAUGAUUUAUCCACAACAAAAUAUAGACUGCUAGAAGUUCAAGCACAAUUAGAGCUUGCUGAAAAGGAAUUAGAAAAGAAGUUUAGUCAGACAGCAGCUUAUGCAAAUAUGAAGAAAAUUUUAAGUUCUAAAAAUGAUCAAAUUAAAGAUCUGAGGAAAAAACUUUCCGAAUAUGAACCUGUAAAAGAAAACUAAAGCCUGAUUCUUACUCUGAAAUUUUACAUCUGUGCAGCACCACAAUUAGUUAAUGAACAUCUCAGAUGUAAUUUUCAACAUUUGUAUUGGUUUGAGUGUAAAUUAGCAUUUUGGAAACAUUUAAAGAAGGAGACUCACAAGAAAUGCCUUAUGCUCUUACACUGCAGUUUUUUAUUUUGUAGAAUCCCUUUUUUACAGUAGUUAGUAUAUAUUGCAUAAAUUAUUAAGCUAAUCAUUUCAUUUCAUAAUUCAAACUUUCAUUUAGAAAACUUGUUGAAUGAUUUCAGUUUUAGGUACCUGUCAUUUAUUUAUAUAUUUCAAAGUGUUUUAAAACUGCUGUGAUGCAACUAAUUCAAAGAUCGAGGUUUGGAAAAAUUAACACCACAAACUGCCUUUAACUAAAAACAAAUACAGAAUGAAUUGCUUAAUUUUUUAUAACAUUGAAACUUUGUGUAACAGUAUGAAAUGAAGAACAUUAGUUGUACAGUAAGUUCAAAAAAGUUGACCGAGAUGAUGAUUAAAACACAAAUGAUAAAUUGGGCAACAUCUGUUUUUCAGUUAACAGUUGUUUCUGUUUAGUUUUCAAAUCCCUGAUCUUUAUUGAUAUAUAUUAUUAUUUUAGAUGAAUAAUGUUUUAAAGUGUAGCACAAUUUGAUGAACACUAGCAAAGUUUGUAUAGUUAUAGAAAAGCACAUUAAAUGGUUAAUAUGCAAGGUA